AAGGGGCGGGUCGGCCUCUGGGAACAUCGCGUGGUCGCUUCAUCCAAGAGACGCUGACAGCAAAUACUCAGUGAAGGCCGCUGACCCGCGCUAAUACCCGCAUCUUUCUUCACUAACUAACACUUACCAUGGCAUCUAGGAGAGCUCUACACUUCGUCUACAAGAUUGGUGAUCGGAAGGCCACUGUCAAAUUCUACAGAGAUAUUCUGGGGAUGAAGGUAUUACGUCAUGAGGAGUUUGAUGAAGGUUGCAAGGCUUCCUGCAAUGGGCCAUAUGAUGGGAAGUGGAGCAAGACCAUGAUAGGAUAUGGGGCUGAGGAUAACCACUUUGUGUGUGAACUGACCUACAAUUAUGGCAUUUCUCAGUAUGAAAUGGGGAAUGACUUUUUAGGGAUGCACAUCGAUUCCCAGGAGGUCGUUGAGAGAGCCAAGAAGAAUGACUGGCCAGUCAAGGAUGAGGAAGACCACAGCAUCCUGGAGGCUCCUGGCGGCUAUAAGUUUAUCAUUAACCACAAACCACAGCCUACUGACAAAGACCCAGUGCAGCAAGUUGUCCUGGCUAGCAGCAACUUGGAGAAGUCUGUGACCUACUGGAAGGACUUGGCUGGCAUGACUGUGUACAGCAAGACUGACAAAAGUGCAGCACUUGGCUAUUGUGAGACUCAAGCCAAACUGGUGCUGCAGGACAUUGGUGGGGAAGUAAAUCAUGCCAAGGCUUUUGGACGUAUUGCCUUUUCUGCUCCUGGAGAUGACCUGCCAGGCAUUGAGCAGAAGAUGAAGGAGGCCAACCAGACCAUCCUCACCCCAUACAUCUCCCUGGACACCCCUGGCAAGGCUACAGUCCAGGUGGUCAUUCUGGCAGACCCGGAUGGCCAUGAGAUCUGCUUUGUGGGAGAUGAAGGUUUCCGUCAGCUGUCUGCAGUGGACCCCAAGGGUGAUGAACUGCUCAAUGAGGCCAUGGAGAAGGAUAAGUCUGAUGAGUGGUUUGCAAAGAAGGGUGGAAAGGUUGCUGCGUAAACAUGACAAGAAUCACAACUGCCUUGAUAUUAUUAAUGCAUUUUACUUUUUGUAUUGGUCCAGCUUUAAUGAGGGUUAAUUGAUGACCACUUUUUAUAUAUCUAGAAUUAUUCUUGUAUUAUUGGAUAUAUCCUCUAUGUACAUCUUAAAAGGUGAUUGUGGUCUUCCUUAUGUUUGUGAACUGAUGUCUGAUAGGAAUUUCUUUCUAAGUCUAGUAUAAGUGUACUUAGACCUGUAAUCAUGUCAAUAUAUUUACUGAGAGUUGACUAAUUAAGUGAUUUGCAGCCUCUGGUUCACCAUAGACUGUUUUCCUGAGACUCAUCAGAGAGUAAACUCAACUGAAUAUAGAUAUUUUAAGUACAUGGAGAAAAUGGAAAGUAAUAAAAUAGAAGUGUAUUUCCCUGGCACUCACUGUUUUAGGUAUCCUAGAGGUGCUCAGGAAACACCAUGUAAGCCUUAGAGUGGUAUGCUGUGACUAACAUAGCAGGGCAGGAGCAGCUGUGAGUGCCUGUCAUCAUCCUGCUCUGCUCCCUUACUCACAUGGAAGAAAAUAUAUGGUUAUAUGAAGGCUCAAUGAUAGGUUUGGUUCUAAAAAUACUGUAGUCUAUAUAUUUAUCUGGAAGCUCAAUUUUAUUCUAUAGUGUUUUAUUGAAUUGAAGUAAACUUCCACAUGCUCAGUUUAGUUUAGAAAAUUUAAUAGUAACAAGAGGGUCCAUCAUAAUCCUUUCAUUCUCCUCUAUGGCCUCCUCAUACUCUAGCUUUGCGCUGUAGGAAUGUAACUAUUGAGGCCAAACAGGUCUUUUUAAGUGCAAUGUUAAUCACACAUUUUAUACCAGCUGCUUUAGGGAAAAGAUAAAAAUUUGUAUGUGCAGUUAAAGAAAAGAACUUUUUUCUCAUUUUGGGCAACUUGAAGUUAUAUGUGUCAUUUGUCUUGUAACAACUUCAAUGGCUGUUGUGUGUACUGAAGAAAGAAGAUAUUU